CUUUCCGCCCAAUAUGGCGGCGUGUCUCUGAGAGGAACAACCGAGCGGCGGACACGGACACCCCCCCACCACCCCGACCUCAGCCCGCGUCAGCCCCAGCCUGAGAGCCACACACAGCCGCCGUCAUGCCACAGAACGAAUAUAUUGAGUUACAUCGUAAGCGAUAUGGUUAUCGUUUGGACUACCAUGAGAAGAAGAGGAAGAAGGAGAGCCGUGAGGCGCAUGAACGCUCACAUAAGGCCAAGAAAAUGAUUGGUCUGAAGGCCAAACUCUACCAUAAACAGCGUCAUGCAGAAAAAAUACAGAUGAAGAAGACCAUCAAGAUGCAUGAACAGAGAAACACAAAAAAGAAGAAUGAUGAUAACACACCCAAAGGAGCCGUUCCACCAUAUCUGCUUGACAGAGAGGGCCAAUCCCGGGCUAAAGUUCUCUCCAACAUGAUCAAGCAAAAGAGAAAAGAGAAAGCUGGUAAAUGGGAAGUCCCGCUGCCCAAAGUCCGUGCCCAAGGUGAAACUGAGGUAUUGAAAGUUAUCCGAACGGGAAAGAGGAGAAAGAAGGCCUGGAAGAGAAUGGUCACUAAAGUCUGCUUUGUUGGUGAUGGAUUCACUCGGAAACCACCCAAAUAUGAAAGAUUCAUUAGGCCUAUGGGUUUACGUUUUAAGAAGGCGCACGUUACCCAUCCCGAACUGAAAGCAACAUUCUGUUUACCCAUCCUUGCCGUAAAGAAGAACCCAUCAUCGCCUUUAUAUACAACAUUAGGUGUUAUUACCAAAGGUUCUGUCAUAGAAGUGAACGUAAGUGAGCUUGGCCUAGUCACACAAGGAGGCAAAGUUGUUUGGGGUAAAUUUGCUCAAGUGACCAAUAACCCUGAAAACGACGGCUGCAUUAAUGCAGUUCUGCUUGUUUAAAAUCAUCAGGACACAGAACUGUACCAUGAACAAUAAACAGACUGGAUUUUUAAUUUGUAAUGUUAUUCUCCAGGGAUGGAUUUUGAAAGCUGAAUUUUGACCUUAUGCAAGAUGCCAACCUUCCUGUGGAAGAGUAAUGACUGGACCAUAAGAAAUACUUAAUAGUAUUUGUGCUAUAAUGGGUGUGGGUCCAGGAAUUUACAGCAUUUUGUAUAGCCUUAAUGUAUUCGUUUAAUUUCUUUAUCAAAUAACAUCAUGCUGAAGGCCGAGACAAUAAACUGAACCAGUUUUCAGAUU